UUUUGCAUCCGAAACGUAUUUCUUAGAGUUGUCAAUAGGGAGAGAUGUGCUUGCGUCAUAGUUGGAGAGCCACGCUGGCGACAAACACCAACAGCAACACAAGAGCUGCAGACUUCGAGCUGAACGGUUCACACGUGGCUAUGUCUCCGAGGGCAGCAUUUUACGUUAUGGUGCUGUUAUUUGAUAGCAUGAUAACAGCAGCAGAAUCAGAAGAAGAAACUACGUUUGAAACCGAUAACUGUACGAGAAGUCGUGGAGAAGCAAAUCUAAAAGGUCGAAAAUGUCUCAGGAAGUGCAGAACAGAUUUAGAUUGCAUCAGUUCGAGGAAACGUUGCCUUUGCGAUGGUCUUUGUGGCUGGAGUUGUGUCAGACCAGAUCUCCAUUGUGAAGAACUACCUCAACCUGAAAAUGGUCAAGUGAAAGUGACAGGAGAUCAUUUUGGUGCAAGGGCAGUUUACACUUGUGAUGAGGAUUAUUAUAUAUCAGGACCUAAAGAUAGGGUGUGCCAAGGGGACGGUACCUGGAGCGAUCACGAACCCAUAUGCAAAGAGAAAGGGCUCCACUGGCCAAAAAUGUGCGGGAUUCCACCCCAAGUGACUCACGCCAGACAUAGUGCACAGUUAGACAAAGAAGAAUUCGAUGUUGAUGCCAUGGUGCAAUUUAACUGCUUUCACGGAUACGAUGCUAAAGGAUUUGCUAGGGCCAAAUGCAUUCUGUACAAUGGAACGGCUCAAUGGUUCGGACCCGAUCUCGAGUGUAUUCCUCGAAGUUGUGCACCACCCAAAGACAUUCAGUUUGGAAGAAGAGAAGGAGACGUGUUUACUUUCACCAGCAGAGUUACUUAUGUUUGCAUCGAAGGCUACGAACUGAUUGGACGUCCGAACCGCUACUGUCAAUCAAAUGGACAGUGGAGUGGAGUGUUGCCAUCUUGCAGGCCCGUGGUAUGCCCUAUUCCUACCGAUCCCGUCAAUGGUAGGGCUUCGUAUUCUUCUGUGACGUAUAAUUCAAUUGUCGAAUACCAAUGCAGUCAUGGAUACAGACUUGUAGGACCCAAAACUAGGAGAUGUCAGGCUGAUAAAAAAUGGGAAGGGGACGAUCCAUUAUGCGAAGAAAUUUCUUGUGGUAGUCCUGGAAUACUGUAUAACGGAUAUUUAGAAGGAAGAAGCACAACUCUUGGGUCAAUCUUUACAGUAAACUGCUUCGAUGGAAUGAAAAUGGAGGGUAAUCCCGAAUCCAUACGUUGUCAAGAAAAUGGCACCUGGUCUCAUCCACUUCCAAAAUGUCUCGCUCCUUGCAUCGUACCAGUAGUUGAAAAUGGGACAGUCGUCGAAGUGGUUCCGGGUUCGAGAGUGACUCACGGACAGCAAAUAAUGGUGGAAUGUAGAUUAAAGUACGAGUUGAUCUAUAAUGCCACACCGGCUACUUGUAACAAUGGAACUUGGACACACGUCCCUGUUUGCGUACCAGCUCGUUGUAAACUUCUUCCCGAAAGUCCCAAAAACGGAAUGGUCAUAGCUCCAAAAACAGAUCAUGGUAUGAAGGCACUGUACAAAUGCAGAGACGGUUACAAACUGAAAGGUCCUAACAUUACCGAAUGUGACUAUGGUCAGUGGACUGGAGAAACACCCGGCUGUGCCGUAGUGUAUUGCCCUUAUCCCGGCGAAUUAGCUCACGGCAAAGUAUUGCUUAUAGGUCACAUGGGGAUGUACGAAUACAGAAGCUAUGUACGCAAAGUGGGUAACGAUCGUCAAAUAAUGUACGAAUGUCAUCGUCAUUAUACUUUAAUCGACGGUCCAACUGGGGCCACGUGUGUAGACGGUCAAUGGAGUCCUCGUGAGAUGCCCCGUUGUGUUAGAGGAUCUCAUCCAAGCGUACGUUGGAUACGCUCUGCAAGAAGGAAAAGAGAAAUAAUCAAAAACAGAAUGAGAAGCAGAAGAAGAAGAGGAAAGAAUAAGGAAAGAAGGCCCAAAGAACCUUGUUCGUCUUUACCGGAAGUUCCGUGGAUGGAAGUGGAAGUAGUAAAAUUAGGCAAAGGGAACUAUAGUUUGCCACACGGCACAGUGAUCAGCGUGACUUGCAGUCGUGGACAUCAGCUAAAUAUUGGCAACAAGACAGCCAGGUGUGUCCGAGGGCGAUGGAAACCACGAGAGCCCGAAUGUUUGCCGUCUUCGUGCCUGGCAAACAAGUUACAAAGUGGUGUCUAUCAUCACUUCCAAAUGACAGUUGAUGAAUAUAAACCUAUACCACACGGAGAACAAGUGACUAUCAUUUGUCUUCCUGGUUUUCAGUUGAUGGGACCAGAAUCUUUACGUUGUUGGUAUGGCGAAUGGGCAGUUGAUAAUUAUCCGGAAUGUAUACCACGACCGUGUGAAUUGCCUGUGAUUCCAGAUGGAAACUAUCUCAGUGGUUAUAGGGCAGGACUUACUAUAUCUCACGGUUCUUCAGUAGACUAUGAAUGUAAACCCAACUACGUUAAACCUACUGAAGAACCAGUUCGAUGUUCUGAGGGACAGUUACGUCCUGAACCCCCUGCUUGCCAUCAUUACUCCAUUUUGAUCAAUGCUGCCGGAUUCGAUGGAAUACAGGAGACUGAUGUAAGAUUUAUUCCUCCAGAGGAGAGUGAGACCACAGAUACAAUUGAUAUUUUAACAGGAGAUGGAAGAAGACCCUGCCAAUCGCCCGAGAGAUUACAGAAUACCUUAAUAUAUCCUGCAAUUAGAAGUCUACCCCCUUCGGUAACUCUGAGAGAUCAAGAGGAGAUUGAUUCUUCGCAGUUAAUUGGAGAAAACGAGAAAACUCAACCUCAUGGAACUGAAGUCAGAUUCAAGUGUAUUACUGGUAUUACUGGAGAAAAAACCACAUGGAAAAUCGUCUGUCAAGAUGGAGAUUGGGUUGGAGGAACGUAUAAAUGUGAAGCGGAACAGGAAACAAUUCCUUUGGAAGAACGAAAGAACAAAUCUUGUAUAUACAGGAACAGCGAGCCUCACCUCGUCGCCUUUCAGGGAGAUCGAAAAAUAACAGAAGAAUUCAGCGAAUUUCCGCCAUUCACUGAAUUGAUUUUUCGAUGUCGAGAUAUCGGAAAGUUUAGUUUAAGAGGUAGCAUCCGACGAAGAUGCGAAAACGGAGAAUGGGACGGAGUAAAGCCAUCGUGCUUUGGACUAUCACAAGAGAACGAUUAUGCCCUGGAAAAACCACCAACGAUUCUAUUUCGGCAUCAACUGGGUCCCAUAGCCCAAAGUAAUGACGGAAAAUUGAUUGUAUACCCAGGGACGAUUCUUCAUUUAGAGUGCUUGUGGAUAAGAAAAUAUGGACAACCAAAAUGGGAAAUCAGUCAUUCCUAUAGAAAAUAUCCUGAAGGUUGGACAAACGAGCCAGGAAGAGAUCCGCAGUUAGAAUAUCGUUUAUCAAUUUACCACGCUCAAAAAGACGAUUCCGGUAGAUUUAAUUGUAUCACUCCAAUGGGACAUAGUCACGGUGUAGAUAUCGUCGUCUCAGCUGUUCACUGCCCCCCACUAACAGAAGUGCCUGGUCUUCAUAUCAGCAAUCCUAGCACAAAAAUGGAAACCAAAGUGAUAUUUUCAUGCAAAAAUGGACAAUCGCUCAUCGGUAGCGAGCAAGCAACAUGUCUUCCAUCUGGAAAUUGGUCGGCGCCUCCCCCGACUUGCCGAGUUACUCAAUGCCGUGAUAUAACCAAUGAAACGGAUCCUCUGAUAACGAUCGAAUUAUCCGGAUUAGAAGUUGGAGCAAAAGCUGUAUUCAGUUGCCCCAAAGGAUACGGACUGAGGGGUGAAGGCGAAUUAAUAUGUCUCGACACCGGGCAGUGGUCCUCUGCGGUUCCUAGAUGCGAGGAGGUUUCUUGCGUACCACCAGACACACCCGAGCACGGUUAUCUUCAAGAUAGUAGCAGAGAUCAUUACGGAGGAGGAGCCUUGUUGCAGUUUGCAUGUAAUACUGGAUAUAUGAUAGACGGAACACCCAUCAUCGUCUGUCAAGAAAGUGGAAGGUGGUCGGCUCCGGUACCAAAGUGUGUACCAGCUUGCACUUAUCCCGGUACGACGACAGGUGCAACAAUUUCUAACGUCAAGUUCUAUUAUAGUAUCAAUGAAACUGUUACAUUUGAUUGUGCUGAUGGAUAUGAACUUCGAGGUGCGAAGAUGUUAAGAUGUCUCGAAGACGGACGAUGGUCGAGCACAAUACCGACUUGCCAUAUAGCUAGAAAAGGAUAGAUAACAGUAGUUAAAGAUAUGCAUCAUCUGGCAUCAUUUAUGCAUACAACGAAAAUCGGGUUGUUACAUUAUCAUACGCUAAUUAUUCUGUAUUCAUCGGUAGAUUAUUGCUGAAAACAACACAAAAAUAAAUCAUUUUUCUUCUAAUAAAACUGGUUUUUAGAUCUACUGUUUCUAAACGCUAUAUUUCUUUAAAUUUAAUGUUUUUUAAUCUAUAACUAGAAUUGCCAGAUAACCCGAUUUUCCGGGACUGUACCGGAUUUUUUCCGGCUGCCACUACCUUUUUCUUUCUUUCACGUCUUAAAUGUAUUUCUGUCGCUGGCAGAGUGAAAAUAUACAUUCAUUGCAUGUCCUGGAAUUGAAG